GAUCAAACAUGGCGUCGUUCUGGGACCUGUGUGACUGUUGUUUUAUUCGGCACUGAUGGAAAAGAAAGCUGUUUCUCCCGAUUCCUCGACGCAACUCGCAGAGAAAAGCAGGAGCCCUAAGAAAAGAAAGCACAAACAUCGUAACAAGAAGAAAAGCAAACAAAUCAAGUCAUCCAGCUCAUCAGUGGAUGUCGAUAGUGAUAACAUCAGAACAGGGAGCAAAAGCAAUAAGGCCAGUAAUGAGAGCAUUAAAAAUCUUACAGAGUUCCUGGACAACAGAAAAGAACUUCAUGCACAGCUGUUUAGCAUCGUCCCCAAGAAAGAAGUAAAGGAGAUGAUGCCAAAAAUUUUAAAGAAGCACAGCUUUAAAGAGAUAAAGAAGCUAUGUUCUGAACAACUGGAGUUGUUAUCAAAGAGGCAUCUGGAGAGUAUCAUUACUGGCAAUGAAAUGGCAUCUUCUGAUGCCGAGAGCAUGGACGAGCAAGAAAAGCUUGAGGAGUUACAACCUAUUGAUCCAUCACCACAGAGACAGAAUGUGAAUGAGGACAAGAAGAGAAAGCGGGACAGAGAUGGCAAUAGAAAGGAGAAGAAAGUUAAAGAACAGGAAAAGAAAGAGAAAGAUAUGAUCAUUUUCCAGGAAAUGAUCACAAUUCCCAACCAAGAGGAAAUCGAUGAGCUUGUUGAAGGAAGUAGCGCUACUCAGGAGCAAACCUCAGAGGACCCUACCCAGUCGAGUGCAAUAACUGUGGACGAAGAGGCAGAGUUAAAAGAACUCGAGUUCCGCGCGCGAGCCCUCGAGUCAUUGGUGCGCGCGCGCGAGCGGCAGAUGAAGAAUGAACAGACUUGAAACCCAAUGCUCAGAUGGUGUCACAACGAGAGUGGGUUUCUAGGUCCUCGUUUGAUGAGCCACUGUUAUAUCGGGCCUCGAUGUUCUAAGUUUGUCAGAAGAAUACAAUAUUUGAAUGGAACCAGGAACGUUAAUCCUAAAAUUUGGAAUGGGAUGAACUUGAAGUUACCAUUUAUAGAGAAAACACUUUUAAGAACAGAAUUCUCGAGCAUACGGUUCGUUAAUAUUUCAACGACUUUUCCAUGUUAAGUUUUUGAAAAGAUUAUAAUAUAUUUGUGCAAUUAACGUUUAGGAAAUUUCAGUUUAACACUCCCUUUUGACUGUUUCCCUUGAAGGCAACGAUAAGAGAUUCUAGUAAAAGUCUUUUUCAAUCUCCCAUCUGCUCUAUUAAUUUGUAAUAAUCUUUUUAUAAGAAUAUUUAAGCAAGUGUAGGAUUAGGCCUAGGAUUGAACGUCAAUAGCAAAUAAAAUAAUCCAAUAAAAUAACAUGUUUUUAUAUAGCUUUCUGCUUAGGAGUGUACGACCCGAGGAUGAGGCUGAAAUUCAAGACACGUUGAUUUAUCAUUGGAGUGGAAUGUCGACUUUUCGAGUCAUCAUAGGGGAAGGAAAAUUGGCUCGAAAAACUGGGAGGUGUGAAAAAAGGUGAAAUUCUCCUUACCUUUUGGCAAAGAGGAAAAAAAGCUUCAAAUAAUCUAAAAGUUUGAAAAAUUGGGAUUCGACUGUAGUUUAUCUAUACAAUGAUACAAUGCAAUAAAUACUUUAUUAAAGAAAAUUAUAAAGAAAAACAGUAAUAAAAUAUCUCUUGAAAGGGGAGAUCGUGAGGUUGACCCCAUUUAUAAACGAUAUCCCCCCCCC